UUAUAAUGAAUACAUAUUUGUCAGUGUACAAGUUUAUCAGUUUUUGAAAACAUUGACUUGUACAGAGUAAUUUGUAUUUGAUUUCUAUGAUAGUAUUUUUUUACUUAACUCAAAUGUAUUUACUGUAAAAUAUUAUUACAUUUAUUAGUUUGAUGUUAAUUGUAUUCAAUUAUGCAAUGUACAAAUCACAAUGAAGAAAAAAAACUGCUCAACAGCAUUUGUGAAGUUAAUAUUGAUGGCAAAAUGGCUUUAGUAUCUUUGUACGAUGAUCUUCCUCAUUUUGAGUACGACCUGACAAUUGAUAAUUUGCAGAAUUCAAUUACAAAAUUGAAAACAUUCAAUCAAGAACUGAAACAACGCAUUAAGAAAUUGGAAAAUGAAAAUACUCAUUUCAAAUCUGUUAAUGUAGUAUUAUCUAAAAAUAUCACAUCAUUAUAUAAAACUGCUAGCAGUGAAAUCCAAAGGAAAGAUAAAAUAAUUGAUGAUCUUCGCAAAAGUCAACUUUAUUCACGACCGUCCACAUCAAAAAUGUUUUGUUCUACUAAUAAUUAUCAAAUAGAAAAAACUGAAGUAAAUAAAUUCUCUGAAAAUAAGAAGAAUACAGACAAAAUCAAGAAUACUCUAGAAAAAACUACAGUGUUAAACCCAAAUAAUAAUGAUGCUAUUACAACCAUUAUCAUUAAGCCUACUGAUAUUCCUAAAACAAUUUAUUAUAAAAGAAUGUGCCAAAAAUUAGCUCAACAAAAUAAAACUAUUGAAUCUAAACAACAGAUGCCACAGCAUAAAGAAAAUACAAAUACCACGGAUAAAAACGAAGAACUUAAUUAUGAUGAAAAUAUAUUAAAAGAAAUGACAACUUCUCUUAUUCAUAAUGAAUCUAAAGAUAUUAAUUCUACACUAGUAAUUUGUGAAUCAGAUAUAACCUCAAGUGACUGUGAACUUGAUACUACCCCAGUUAUUAAAUGUGACAAUGAGGAGAAAGAUAAAGAAAAUGUUUCCGUAAAAUCAUUUUUUUCAAAAUUAAAACAACCAGCUAAAUCGAAAAAAAGAUUAAUAAUCACUCCAGCUACUAUUGAUGUUCAAAAUAAACAUCCUAAAGCUUUCAAAAGUAUUAAAAAAUUAAACCAAAUUAACAAUUUGUCUUCAAUAACACAAUGUGAUAUUAAAAAUUCACCAGAAAAACCAAUAAUAAAAUCUUCAAACAAAGACACUCAGUCAAUAUGUAUUAAAAAUAAUAUCCCAGAAUAUAAUCCCAAAACAGAUAAUAAACCACUUACAAUAGAAAGUCCAUCUCAACAAAAUAAUAAUCAGUCCACGUGUAAUUUAGAUACUAUUAAGUGUACAAAUAAUAUCACAGAAUUGAAUCACUUAAAUAAUUCUACUAAAAGUUCUUCCAAAAACACACUUGUCAAAACAAGUCCUACAAGUAAAACUGUAACACCGACUAUCAAUAUUGUAGUUGAACAAGUUCAAACUACAAAAAAAGCUGAUGUAAUAAAAAAUGAUAAUAAUACUCAAAACAAAUUUAAUAAAGUUACCCAGUCAUCAUGCCUUUUGAAUAAAGAUGAUAAAAUUAAGUAUGAUUUAAAAACAGAUAACAAACUACUCUCAACAGACAAAAUUCAUAACCAAAAAUUAUUCACUUCUGAAAAAAAUAAUCAAAUACAAUCUUUAAAUAUUGAAGUUGAACAAUUCCCUAUUAGAAGAAGAAAAACAGUAAUAGAAAAGGAUACACUUACAUUAAGUAAUGCAAAAACACCUUCAUGUGUUACUUCUAUGAGUCCUUCAAACAAAAAUAAAUUAAACAAGUCAUCAGAGAAUGUAAAGAAUAAUAAUAAAGAAUCAUCAAGUCCGGCUCAACAAAAGAAUAGUCAAUCUACAUACAAUUUAGAUAUCCUUAGGUGUGCAAAUAAUAUCAUAGAAUCUAAACACUCAAAAAAUUCUACUAAAAGAUCUUUCAAAAACACACCUGUCGAAACAAGUCCUACAAGAAAGACUAAUGUAAUAAAAAAGGAUAAUAAUAUUCAAAACAAAUUUAAGAAAGUUACCCAGUCAUCACGUACUCAGGAUAAAAAUUAUAAAGCUAAAUAUGAUUCAAAAACAGAUAAUAAACUACUUUCAAUAGACAAACUUCAUAACCAACAAUUAUUUACUUCUGAAAAAAAUAAUCAAAUACAAUCUACAAAUAUUGAAGUUGAACAAAUUCCAAUUAAAAGAAGAACAGAAGUAUUAGAAAACGAUAAUAACUCUUCAAACACAUUUAAUAAAUCCACCCAAGAAUUUUGUAUUAGAGAUUGCAAAAAUAAAAAUGAUUCAAAAAUGGAUGAAAAACAAAUUUCAACAGACAUAUUUUGUAACCAAAAAUCCACUUGCGAAAACAAAAAUCAGAUACCGUCUGUAAAUAUUGAAGUUGAACAAUUCCCUAUUAAAAGAAGAAAAAGAGUAAUAGAAAAGGACAAUAAUAGUCUUGCCCUAAAUAAUGUCAGAAAACGUUCACGUGUUACUUGUACAAGUCUUUCAAACAAAAAUGAAUUUAACAAGUCCACAGAGUAUGUUAAAUGUUUGUCUGUAAAUAACAAUAGAGAAUCAUCAAGUCCGUCUCAACAAAAUAAUAGUCAAUUCACAUGCAAUUUAGAUACCUUUAAGUGUGUAAAUAAUGUCACAGAGUCCAAACACUCAAAAAAUUCUUGUAUAAGUUCCUUCAAUAAUACACCAGCUGAAACAAGUCCUACUAAUAAAAUUGUUAUACCAUCUAUCAAUAUUGAAGUUGAGCAAGGGUUCAUUUUUAGACAAUCAAAUGCAAGAAAAGUAAUAAUGCAUUCAAAAUUUGAUGAUAAAGAUGAUAAACAAGAAACAAAGAAAGGAAGACGUGUUCAGUUGAUAACUAUAGAAGAUCAUUAUUCAACACCAGUGCCUAGUUUUAAUGGUGCUAAAAAAACAGACAUUGAUGUUAGCAAUAAAUCUAUUGUUACAGAAAAAAUAGUUGAAAGUAGUAGUCACUUUUUUGUACCACUUGUGAAAAGAAGAAGAACUAUGAAUUUUGGCAGUUCUGAUUCAUAAGUUCUUACUUUUUCAUUCUACUUAAAUUAUUUUUAAUACUAUACAACAAUAUUAGUGAUAUCUACUUGUCAUCUAUGAGUUAUAUACAUAUUUUGUUAAAUUUUAACACAUAUAUUAAAUGAUAAAAAAGCUGCUUACUUAGAUAGUGGAUAAAACAUUUUGAGAUACAAGAGUUUUGAACAUAAAUAAUGCAGGUAUUAAAACAGUUAUUUUUAAAGGAGCUUGAUUGAACAAAAAUAGUUAAGAUUUUUUAUUUAAUACGCUAUUUCCUUUUACAUUGCUUUUUUUUUUCGUUAUCAUUUAAAUGUCUUUUUCUGCCCAAUAAAAUACGUAUGUAAAAAGAGUAUACAUAUACCGCCAGUUUUUGGUUUUUAAAUAAGAUGGAAUAUACAAUGUAAAUUUAUUAAAAACAAGUUAACUUAAAUGCGACAUGACUUCAAAUUUAAGGUACCUGAAUUCUAGUUUUAACAUUUGUAUAAUUUUUUUAAAUUAUUAAAUAACCAUUUA